UACUAAGGUUUCCUCCCACGAUCCAAAAACAUGCAGGUUCAGCCAAAUGCACCCAGUCCAGGGUGUACCUCGCCUUGUGCUCUAAGCCCCCUGGGAUACACUCCACCGCGUCUUUUUUACACAGGAUAAAGCAGUAUAGAAGAUAAAUGCAUGAACAUUUGUUGUGGUUCUUUGAGGUAAACGCCUUAUGUGUCUUCACUCUCCCGCCACCAUGUGUAAUUGCCCUCAGUGCUGUAGAUGGCGGUGUGAGCUGCAGCUCUGUGUUUGUAACCAGCGCAGAAUAAGAGAACUCGGGCGCUCCAGCUGGCUCUCUGCAGGGCCGGACGAUUUACCGACACGUUUUCUUGUUAAAAGAAGACCAAAUAACAGCAGAAACUCAGCGACCUGCUGGUAAACAAGCAGAGCAGAGGGUUAUAAGCUAGACAAGGUGCCGGUCCGGGGCAGCUUGUGUGCUGUUGUGUGCGCAAUCAUGGCGGUGGUCAUCCGCUUACAGGGACUUAGAAUCACAGCUGGUUCUGAGGACAUUCGCAGGUUCUUCACUGGCCUCAGAAUACCCGAUGGUGGGGUUCAUAUAAUUGGCGGAGAGCUUGAGGAAGCAUUCAUAAUUUUCGCGUCCGAUGAAGAUGCUAGACGAGCAAUCACUCGCUCAGGAGGAUGCAUUAAAGGCGCUCCAGUCAACUUGCUUUUGAGUAGCAAGUCAGAGAUGCAGAAGGUUCUUGAGGAAAGCACAAGGAAACCAGAAGCGGUGAACAGGAGGCAUUACAAGGAGGUUGUCAAAAAAACAGUAGUUGAAGGGAGACCUACGUCACUGUUAGAGGGCAUGAAAGUAGAUAUCCGAAGAGGAGAUAAUCAGAACAUGGGAAACAGACCACCUGUAGCUUCUUCUAAUGACUCAAGAGCUCAGAAUAAAUCCGGGGUUAAUGAUUGCCUUUAUGUGUAUUUGUCCGGAAUGCCAUUCUCAGCAACGAAAGAGGAUGUCCGUGUCUUUUUUGAGGGAAUACAAAUUGAUGACCUAAUUUUCAUGCGAAACAAAUUUGGAAUGUUCAGUGGAUGUGGUUUGGUUAAAUUUAGAACCAGAGAGGAUGCCACUCAAGGUCUGAGGAGAGAUCGAAAAUACAUUGGGCCACGUUACAUCAGAGUAAUGCCAGCCUCUGAGCAUCAGUGGAGCAAGUCGGGGGGUUUGGUUCAACCAGAAGGUGCAAGUCAGAGAAGAUCUCGCUCUCCCAUUCGCCAACGGUCGCGUUCUCCUUCCAAUGAAGAGUUUGGUGUGUUGUAUGAAAACCUUCCGUAUUCAGUUGAAAAGCGAGACAUAAAAGCUUUACUCUAUCCGGUGUCCGUGACAGACGACCAGAUCAGUAUUUUUCUUGAUGACAAUAGUGGCAGGAGCAAAUCCGCUAUUGUGGUGUUCAGAAAUCUAAAGGACUAUUGUUCUGGCCUGGCUCACCACAAAGAAACAUUUCUGCACAGCAUUGUUUAUGUGUCUCCAGUCUCCAAAGAAAAGAUCGCCACUAUACUAGAAUCUGCUUGUAACCUAAGAGAAGACCAUGGACGAUCCAGCAGAUCGUCUGAACGUUCGCAGAAGAGUGCUUUGGACUCGGAGAAACAGUGCAUAUAUGUUCGCAACCUGCCUUUUGAUGUGCGUAAAGUAGAGAUCAUGGACUUCUUCCAUGGAUUCCAGCUUUCAGAGGACAGGAUAAUCCUGCUCCAUGAUGACAGAGGAGCUGGGCUUGGUGAGGCUUUAGUGGUUUUUCAGACAGAAAAAGAGGCAAUGAUGGCACAGUCUCUGAACGGGCAAAGAUUUCUUGGAUCCGAGGUCAUGCUUAAAUGCAUCACCUGGGCUCAGAUGCAAGAAUUUGGUAUUGACAGGAGCAGCAUGCCUGAGAGGAACCUUCAAAGGAACUCGCCAAAUUUCCUUAAUGACAGGAUGUAUCAGGAAAAAUUUGACUCAAUUCCAGAUGCUUCUCGUUAUGGUUCUGGAAACAGCGGUCCAUUGGAUCAGUUUGAAAACCCUGAUGGUUAUGGACAGGGACCAAGUGGACCGCAGUCUCGUCAGUGUGGACCAUCUGACCAACAUUUUAAUCGUCCGACGUGCGUCAGGUUGCUCAAUUUGCCCUCUAAGAUAAUGGUUGAUGAAAUCUAUGACUUCUGUUAUGGGUACAGAGUAAUUCCUGGAUCAGUCUCAUUGCAGUACAGUAGAAGUGGAGCACCUACAGGCACCGCAACUGUUGUGUUUGAAAGCCACAGUGAGGCAUUCACUGCUGUCCAGGAAUUAAAUGGAAGACCCAUUGGUACGAGGAAAAUUAAUGUUGUGUUUGUGUAGAGUAAGAGACUUUUGGGCAUUUCUGUAGACAUCUCUUUAUUAUGACUUGACCCCUUUUUUCCUGCCUCAUAAAGAAGAAUGCAUGAAAGAUUAAUUGAUCUUUAUUAAUUUUAAUUGUUCUUUUGUGAUGUACAUUUUUUUUUCUUGUUGUAAUGUUAUAAUAUGUUACUAUUCUACAAUAAUCUGUGUUUAAAAUCUAUUUGCUUUCCUUCUUGUUCUCAAGUAAAUGUGUGGUAAUAGUGCUGAUUUUGAAGUCACUGUAUUAUUGAUUUGGGAAGGAUGUCUACAUGCUACCUUUUGUAAUCACCUGAUUUUUAUGCUACAGUAUAUACUGACAUAAAAGCUUGUGUUCAUUA